CAAUUAAAAGUUACCACUAAAUAAAUGUGAAGCUCACGGUUUUACGUUUAUAACCAUUAUUAAUCUAUAAUUGCGUAUUAUUUGUUAACCCGAACAAUUUUAAAAUUAUAAAAUAACGAGCAUAUUAUUACUUAGUAUUUACAUGGACAAUGUUGAUUAAUAAAAUAAUAACAUUUCCGUCACGACAUAAAAACUGCUUGAUUUAAAUAUUUAUUUAAAAAACACUCAUUUUUGAAAUUGACACAUCAAAAUAUGACAAUCAGCACUCGUCAAAAACUUAUUGACAACAGCAUAAACUUAACUAUUGAGGUAACAAAAUGCUAAAAUCUCACUUCGACCUUCGAAGGGACGAUGUCGAAGAAGGAGAAGUAGAGGCGGAGGAACACGCGCCACCAGAAACCGUACCCGAAGAGGAGAAAAUAUCAUAUCCGGAAAGGAAAUUGAACAAGUCUGAAGUCAGCAUCAGGCUCAGCAUGUUGGGAAAGACUGCUGAAGGAGACGGAUACACAUAUUUAAAGGCGACUCUAACUGACAUGAAGUUAACGGACAUUACUGCGAUAAAGAGCUUCAAACAUUUACAAUUCCUCAACGUAUCCAACAAUUUCUUGGACCUGGAGGCGCUGCAAGUUAUAACACAGCUACAGUUUCUAAUACUGAUCCAAGCUGACAAGAACAAUCUCUACUCAGUCGCUCUGAAGAAGAUGAAGUAUAUGCAAGUGAUGAUUAUGAACAAUAACAACGUGAGCAGCGUCCACGAUGUAUUCCAACCAGAACUGAGCACGCUAGAAUUGGCGUACAAUAAAAUACAAAAAGUUCGCUUCGACAGCAAAAUGUCCAACAUCAAAUGCCUAGAUUUCAGAUACAACAUAAUAGACGACAUCGGCGAUAUAAAUUUUCCAAACUUGGACAGUCUGUAUUUGGCAGGAAACAAGAUAACGAGCUUGGUCGGUAUAGAGAAAUUGGUUAAUUUGAGGAUUUUGCACGUCAGAUACAAUCCCAUAAGGACGUUGAACGGAUUUGUUCCUGAACUGAAAAAACUACAGUACAUAAACUUAAGAAAUUGUAAAAUUGCUUCUUUGAAACAAGUGAAGAAACUUAAGGUUCUGAAGGCACUGGACACACUCAUCAUAAAGGGUUGUCCGUACAUGGGUGGGACGGGCGAGGAGACAGCGGAGGUAGGUGCUGAAGAAGAGGACCCAGAGUUGAGACUCGAGGUGUUAGCGUCGCUCCCUAGACUGAAGAGAUUGAACAAGAAUGUCGUGUCGCCUGAAGAAAAAAAUGAAGCUAAAGAAUUAAUGAAACAAUGGCUGGAAGAAGGGUUCAAAGAUGAAGAAGAUGUUGAAGAAGAAGAAAAUGAAGAACAAUCGAACGCAGAAGAUUGAUUUUCUCUAACAUAGCAUUACUAAUAAUAAAAAACAUAAAACAAAUGCAAAAGUUACUCAAAA